GUCUGGAAGAUGGAGAACGACCACUUCGGCUUGGUUUUCGACCAUACCAAUCCCACGAUCGCGGUGGUGUUCCAGGUGGCCUCAGAGGGUCAGGCGGCCAAGUGGAACCAACGUGCUGAGGCCUCCAUGCAGCUGCGGCCGGGCUUGGGGCUAAGAUCCCUUGACGGAGUCGAGCAGGAGACGAAGAAGCUCCUUGAGCGCCUCAAGGAGUCGACGGGACACUUGAGACUGGGCUUCACACAACCUUCUCUCGAAACCUUGUCCUUACAACAAACUCCUGGGAUGGCCUGGGACAUGGACCUGCUGCCCACCCAGGUGGGUCUCUAUGUGAGAAGAUGUGGAGCCAAUGCGAGCCGCAGUGGCCUACAGGCUGGCAUGCACAUUUGUUCCGUGAAUGGCUGCAUGGGCGAUGCCAAAAGCCUCCUUCAGGUGAUUGAAGCUCAAAGCAAGCUUUGCUUACGAGUGGCAUCUUUUGAGGGACCUUUGCUGAGAGUCGCAUCCUUUGUUUAG